AUGAUACCUCAUCGCAAUCGCCAUCAUUCGAAUGGCCAAUAUGAGAGCCGGCACAGGAUCUCAGCAAGUCCAGAAUUUUACUCCCUAGAUGUCGAAUCGAGCGGACUUGACACAGUUCAUGCUUGGCUGAGCCAGGUUCAUGAUUAUGCAAGUCACAAGGAUCCGGAACCGCAGUUCGCGCAAGACUUGGACGGCGAUUACACACCAAACUGGAAGCCAAACUGGAAGCCUCACGAUCUUUCUGUUGUGCCGAUAUCUCGGAAUUAUCACCAGUCUCGUCAUUCAGGAAACCGAGCCUUCGAUCAACGACCCACUUCCCCAAAAUCUGGUUUACUUGAACACGACACAUACUCAGAAUCGCAACAUGAGCCCUCUCUUGACAUAGGGUCUGACAAAGAGAACAGGAAGAGAUCUCGUUCACGUUUUAAGCAGGAUUGUCACAAAGAAAGAUCUAACAAAAUGUUGUUCGAGAGACAGCCAAGAAGGAAAACACGCCCAGACCGGUAUACUUUCAAAGACACAGUGGGUAAGAGGGAUCACACGACCGAGAGCGAAGAAGAGAGGCCAAGAAAAAAGUCACGCUCAAAGAAGCAAGAGAUUAGAGCGAGUCGGGAUAUUAUGAACAAUUUUGCAUCUGGCGCCAUCCCAAACACAAGAGUGACGAUGAGGCCUAAUCUUACUGCUGGACUGUUCCUGAACGGUCGAUCCUCAACAUACGGACGAGGGGCUGACAUUACACUCGACGAUAUGACAUUUAUUGAAACAUGCGGUGACAAAGGAAAACCAUACGAGAUUCUCCAACAUAUUACAAGUGAGAACUCGAGCGGCCAAGAUGAUGUUUCAAAUAGUGACCAUACUUCACGGAGCGCCACAGAACUCCCCAUAACCACAACAAAUGAUGAAGAGGGAGAAGUACAAAGCCUCGCGGAUGAUAUCUCUCAGGGAAAUCAACAGAAUAAUAUUCAAAAGCAUGGGUUUGAGGCUCAUAGCGCCUCUGUACGGUUGACAGAAACCACUCAAACAUCCGACUACGAGACCCCUGAAGCGAUGUUCAAGAGGCUUAUCGAUACAGGCAUCUUCGAUGGCACAGGUAUUUUGGAAACAACUUCCCAUAGGACUAUGGAGCCAAAUAUUGAACAUCACGAUUGCCUUGGCAUGAAUGGUACAAAACAAUCAAGCAAUAACCCGACAUAUCAAGACAAGGGGGUAAUGGCCGACCGCAGCAGGCAGUCAACUCUCGAACCAAACAUACAAGCUGCCACAAAGAAUACACAAUUUCAUCUGAAUGGCGGUGCAAAAAGUGCACCAGUGCCAACUAAAGCAUCGUGCUCCCGAUAUGAACAAGAAUUGCCAGUUCCGAUUAGCAGCACCUCUCCACAAGUUCAACCUUCAAUUCUACCAACAUCGGUAGUUGAAAAUAAUAAACACAGUAUUCCUGAGGAACCAUGCGUCAAACAACCCCAAGGUACGAAGAGUAUCUCUACUACUAAUAAUCGAGGUCGGCCGCUUUCUCGAAUCUCAGAAAGGGGCUAUCGUUAUACCGAGCAAAACGAUCGGCCAGGGCUUAUGUUUCCAAGCUUCAUAGCGGAGGGUUUCAAUGGUGAGCACUCAUACCACCGAGGCUCGACAGAAGAAAAUAAACCUCAGUUGGAGGGCUCGUUCGUUCACCGAGGACUGCAGUCCCAUGACAUCAUGAUACCAGUUUCAGGGUCUCCAGGCUUUCAACAAGCACGCCGACCACUUAAUGGGCAUAUUAGUAGUGCAGGACUCGAUUCGGCCGUCUUCCCAACAGUGCACUCAGAUAUCUACUCGGACCACCGAGACAUACAGCAUGAUGAUAGGCAACUUACACAACCAGACUACUGCGAAGACAGCGAGACAAUUCAAGAAUUCAUUAAGCGGAUCGAUGGUGAGGUAAGUAUGAAGUGGGACAACUCACAGCAGUCUGUUGGUGUUGGCUGCAUUAGUGAUAUAGAGGAAUGCGCCAAAAGCGAGUCGUUCGAAAUGGACAACAGCGAGGAUUUGUCACAAUGCAGCGAUGUAGAUCAUGAUGGGGUAAUCCAACAGAGCUUACGCGGCAUAUUCUCAAGCUUUGAUCAAGGGUCUAUAUCGACGAAUCAGGCUAUGGCGGAAGAUUGGGAGCACUCAGAUUAUGAACAAAGUCGAUACUGGACAGGAAAAUAUCACGAUGAGCAUGGGGUCUCUGAGGCGAAAAUGGUUGGUUUCUGGAGGCCUAAUCACUUUUAG